AGGGACAGGGAACUAAAUAUAGAGAAGUCACAUAUGUGGAGAGUAUUGAGGGGAAAAACCAGUGAAAAGUCCUUUGGGGCUUUGGGGACGUACUGGUCGGGUCAGCGGAGUCAGUCCACCACUUCAUGUCCGAUAUUGAGAGUAAAAUGCAGAUAAAAAGAAUGGGAAGAAAAAAAAUACAGAUUUCUCGUAUCCUGGACCAGAGGAAUAGACAGGUGACCUUCACCAAGCGUAAGUUCGGUCUGAUGAAGAAGGCGUACGAGCUGAGCGUGCUGUGUGACUGUGAGAUCGCCCUCAUCAUCUUCAACAGCACCAACCGCCUGUUCCAGUACGCCAGCACCGACAUGGACAAGGUGCUGCUCAAGUACACGGAGUACAGCGAGCCGCACGAGAGCCGCACCAACACAGACAUACUGGAGACUCUGCGCAGGAAGGGCCUCGGCCUCGACAACGCAGAGAUCGACCCUGAGGAGAGCGCGCAGGUGGCUGCAGACAAAUAUCCUCUCAGCGAGGGCAUGGAUCUCUCUGUGGCACGCCAGCGCUUCUACGCUCCUUCCCUGCUCUCACCCGAGGCCCAGUUCCUGGUGUCUGCAGGCUGUGAGAACGGCUUCCCCAACUGCUCUGCAGCCGGCGCGGCGUCCCACAGACCCCCUGGAUAUAAAUCUGCCGGCUCCAGACCCGGCUCUGCCAGCCCUGCUGCAUCACACGCUCACACCGCGUUCAUGUCUCCACACUCUGGUAUUGGCUACUCCGUGUUGUCCCACGGCAACCUGAACCGAGCUCUGGACAUGAAGAGUCCUCCGUCUCUGAACCUGGGCGGCGAGAACCUGCGGGGGGACGCUGCUAAUCAGGCCAUGGGCGCCACACGUGUUAACCACAACUCUGCUAGGGGUCUCCUGUACCAGGGUCUGCACACUGGGAGCUCCAUGAUGGCCAUGGGCAAGUUGGGCCACAGCUUGGGAGGCUACAGCCUUCCCUCCCCUGGAACCCCCCCUGAGUACAGCCAACCUGGUUUUUAUCACUCUGUUAGUCUACAGCGAGGAGCAGUGAACCCCUGGCAAACAGUUCAGCUGCCUCAGGAGCACCAUAUAAGUCCCGGGAUGUCCAGUGGGGGGUGCUCCUUCCCUUCUCAGUGUUGCUCCUCAGCCUCCCCACAUCUGCCCUCCCUGACCCUGAGCAUCAAAUCUGAGCGCAGCUCUCCGGAGCACAGGUCCUCGCCCCCCUCCCCUCCUCUGCACCACCUCAGACAGCAUUCUCCAAUCAGCGACCUGGGCUCAGCCUGCCUCAGCCCUCCAGAAACCCGGGCGGCCAAUGAGACGAAGGAGUAUCCCAAAGCCGGCUUCCCACAGGAUGAGAAGGAAGGAGGGCAGCCGCUGAGGCAUUUAGAGAUGAGUGACGGCUGGCAGAGAUAG